CCAAACUCCCCGGGGCGAUCGCGGAGCUCCCGGAGCGCUCCCGGUGCCGAUCCCGGAUCCGAAACCGAUCCCGGUCCCGGUUCGAGUCUCGGUUCCGGUCCCGAUCCCGAUCCCGGUUCAGCUCAGUUCGGUCCCGGUUCGGUUCGAUCCCGGCUCGGUUCGAUCCCGGCUGGGUUCGGUUCGAUCCCGGCUCGGUUCGGUCCCGGCUCGUUCGGUUCGGUUCGGCUCGGCUCGGUUCGGUUCGGUUCGGCUCGGCUCGCGGCGCGGGGGAUGAAGAUCGCGAUCUUCGGAGCCACCGGCAGAACCGGGCGGGUCACGCUGGGGCUGGCGCUGGAGCAGGGGUUCGAGGUGACGGCGCUGGUCCGGGACCCCUCCCGGCUGCCGCCCGGGCCCCGCCCCUCGCGCGUGGUCGUGGGGGACGCGCGGGACCCGCGCGCCGUGCGCGAGGCGCUGCGCGGCCAGCAGGGGGCGCUCAUCCUGCUGGGCACCGGCAGCGACCUGGGUGCGGCCCCUCCCCCACCCCAGAGCGACCCCUCCCCCACCGAUCCUGCCCCUCCCCCACCCGCCCCGACCCCUCCCCCACCGAUCCUGCCCCUCCCCCACCCGCCCCGACCCCACUUUUGGGGGGUUUUCGUGAUCAACAAAUACAAACGGCGGCGAUUCCAGAAAACCAAAAACCUCCACGGGGAGACCGAGGCCGACCCCGAGAUGAUCAAGAGGGCCGAGGAUUUCGGGCCGGUCGAGGUCAUCUCGCACUGGCACCCCAACCUGACCAUCAACAUGGUGGAUGACCACACGCCCUGGGUCAAGGGCAGCGUGCCCCCGCCCCUGGACCAGUACGUGAAGUUCGACGCGCUGAGCGGGGACUAUUUCCCCAUCCUGUACUUCAACGACUACUGGAACCUGCAGCGGGAUUACUUCCCCAUCAACGAGAGCGUGCGGCGCCUGCCCUUCCGUCUGUCCUUCUGUCCGCUCUCCCUGUGGCGCUGGCAGCUCUACGCGGCCCAGAGCUCGCGCAGCCCCUGGAACUUCCUGGGCGAGGACCUCUACGAGCAGAGCGACGAGGAGCAGGACUCCGUCAAGGUGGCUCUGCUGGAGACCAACCCGUACCUGCUGGCUCUCACCAUCGUCGUCUCCAUCGUGCACAGCGUCUUCGAGUUCCUGGCCUUCAAAAACGACAUCCAGUUCUGGAACAGCCGGCAGUCGCUGGAGGGGCUCUCGGUGCGCUCCGUGUUCUUCGGGGUGUUCCAGUCGCUCGUGGUGCUGCUCUACAUCCUGGACAACGAGACCAACGUGGUGGUGCAGCUCAGCGUGCUCGUGGGGCUGCUCAUCGACCUCUGGAAGAUCACCAAGGUCAUGGACGUCAGGCUGGACCGGGAGCAGCGGCUGGCCGGGCUCCUGCCCCGGCCGCGCUUCACCGACAAAUCCACCUACGUGGAGUCCUCCACCAAGGUCUACGACGACAUGGCGUUCCGGUACCUGUCGUGGAUCCUGUUCCCGCUGCUGGGCUGCUACGCCGUGUACAGCCUGCUCUACCUGGAGCACAAGGGCUGGUACUCCUGGGUGCUCAGCAUGCUCUACGGCUUCCUGCUCACCUUCGGGUUCAUCACGAUGACGCCCCAGCUGUUCAUCAACUACAAGCUGCAGUCGGUGGCGCACCUGCCCUGGCGCAUGCUCACCUACAAGGCGCUCAACACCUUCAUCGACGACCUGUUCGCCUUCGUCAUCAAGAUGCCCAUGAUGUACAGGAUAGGCUGCCUGAGGGAUGACGUGGUGUUCUUCAUCUACCUGUACCAGCGCUGGAUCUACCGCGUGGACCCCACGCGCGUCAACGAGUUCGGCGGCACCGGCGAAGCCCCCGCGCCCCCCCGCGCCCCCCGCCCAGGCGCCCCCCCAAGCCCCCCGAGGCCAAGAAGGAGGAGUGAGCGCCCCUCCCCCCACGCCAUUCCCGAAUGUUCCCCCGAGGAUGGGGAGGGGGGGGAGGGGCGGCGGGGGCGGGGCCCCUCCCGGCCCGCGCGGCCCCCAUUGGCCAGCCGGGAUUUUGGGGAGGGGGGGGGAGGGGAGGGGGGGGUGUGGGGACCCCCCCCCCGCGGUGUCGCCCCCCGGUGUCGCCCCCCCGGUGUCGUCGCGUCCCUGUCGUGCUCCAUCCAUCCCAUUGUGCGGUGCGGUAGGAAAAGUGUCCACGGAGCCAUAAAGAGCUGAUUUCACCCCAAAAAAAUCCCGGUUCGCCUUUCCUGGAGGGGGGGUCCCGCCCGCUCUGCGCAGUUCCGGGGGGUUUGGGGGGGAUUCCCAUUUUUGGGGGGGUUUUCCCACUUUUGAGGGGAGUUUUCCCACUUUAAAUGGAGAUUUUUCCCACUUUAAAUGGAGAUUUUUCCCGCUUUAAAUGGAGAUUUUUCCCACUUUAAAUUGAGAUUUUUCCCACUUUAAAUGGAGAUUUUUCCCGCUUUAAA